ACGUUCUCCUGCGCCCUUCUUGUCGCUCGUCGCGCUGAGUUGAGAGUACGCCUCUCCCGACGGCCCCUACCCCUGCCAUGCACCGGGUCACCUCGCUGCUGCCGGUCCUCAUAUUGAUCUUUCUGCCGGGUUGGAGCCGGGGGUAUUUUCCCGAGGAGCGGUGGAGUCCCGAGUCUCCGCUUCUCGCUCCGCGGGUCCUGGUAGGGCUCAUCUGCCGCAACUCGGCUCACUCUCUGCCGCUGUUCCUCGGCACCAUCGAGCGCCUCAACUACCCGAAGGACCGAAUCGCUCUAUGGGUGGCAACAGAUCACAAUACAGAUAACACCACAGCCAUCCUGAGAGAUUGGCUUAUCAAGGUGGAGAACUUUUACCACUAUGUGGAAUGGAGACCUCAAGAGGAACCCAGUGAAUAUGAAGAUGAGGCGGGGCCAAAGCACUGGACUAAUCUUCGUUAUGAACAUGUUAUGAAGCUUCGUCAAGCAGCCCUGGCCACGGCCCGUGAGAUUUGGGCUGACUACUUACUGUUGGUUGACUGUGACAACCUACUCACCAAUCAGGAUGUGUUGUGGAAAUUGAUGAGAGAGAACAAGACCGUUGUAGCGCCAAUGUUGGACUCUCGAGCUGCUUACUCCAACUAUUGGUGCGGCAUGACCUCCCAGGGUUACUACAGGCGCACACCAGCCUAUAUGCCAAUCCGUAAGCAUGAGCGGCGAGGCUGCUUCGCCGUGCCUAUGGUCCACUCCACCUACCUGGUGGACCUACGUAAAGAGGCCUCCCGUCAGCUGGCCUUUUAUCCCCCACACCCAGAGUACAACUGGGCCCUGGAUGACGUCAUUAUCUUUGCUUACUCGGCACGUGUGGCAGAUGUGCAGAUGUAUGUAUGCAAUAAAGAAACCUAUGGGUAUUUCCCAGUCCCUGUGCGCUCCCAUAAUACAUUACAAGAUGAGGCGGAGAGCUUUCUGCACACUCAGUUGGAGGUCAUGGUGAAAAAUCCUCCAUUGAAGCCCUCCGGCUACCUGUCAGUUCCUCCAAAGAAACUCGACAAGAUGGGCUUUGAUGAGGUAUUUAUGAUAAACCUUGUGCGGAGAACUGACAGACGAGAACGCAUGCUAAGAACACUGUACGAGCUAGGACUCAGCUGUAAGGUCACUGCUGCUGUGGACGGCAAGGCUCUGAACAAAAGCGAUGUCGAGUCCAUGGGAAUCCAGAUGCUACCAGGUUACAAGGACCCGUACCAUGGUCGGCCUCUCACCAAGGGAGAGUUGGGCUGCUUCCUCUCCCAUUACAAUAUCUGGAAGGAGAUUGUAGCGCGUGGUCUCAAGACCUCCCUGGUAAUCGAGGAUGACCUUCGUUUUGAGGUGUUCUUUAAACGACGUCUCCAAACUCUGCUACAUGAGGUGGAGACGCACAAACUGGAUUGGGACCUCAUUUAUAUUGGGCGGAAGCGCAUGCAGGUGGACCGCCCGGAGAAAUCUGUCCCAAAUAUACAUAAUCUAGUGGAGGCCGACUAUUCCUAUUGGACACUGGGCUAUAUGAUGUCAUUACAAGGUGCCCAAAAGCUUCUUAUGGCAGAGCCUCUCAACAAGAUGCUUCCUGUUGAUGAGUUCCUUCCUGUCAUGUACAACAAGCAUCCUGUUUCAGAGUACAUGAGGCACUUUAAGAAGCGGGAUCUGCACGCAUUCUCCGCCGAGCCGCUUCUGGUGUAUCCGACGCAUUACACCGGGGAUGCGGGCUACAUCAGCGACACAGAGACCUCCGUGGUCUGGGACAACGAGACCAUCCGCACUGACUGGGACCGCGCCAAGUCCAGGAAAACCCAGGAGCAGGGGGAACUGAGCUCUGAAGCCCAGAACUCAGAUGUACUGCAGUCAGAACUGGAGGACUGGAGUGGGCGGGAUGAGCUGUGACCGGCGGGGCA